UGUUGUCUUCCCUUCAGUGAAGACAGUGUGCAGUGUCUACUGUGUAGUCUUCCCUUCUGUUCAGUUUUCAGACUUCACUUGAAAAUUGGAAUCCAGUCACAUUUUGAUCUUCUGCAUUUUACGUGAAUUCAACUCAACAGUACGGGUUAAUGUGCCAUUUUUCUAUCCAUCUCUGCAACUGUUCUUCAAAAGCUGAGUUUGCUGCUUGCUAGAGAACCCAGAAAAGGAGAACAGCCAAGGCUGAGGAUUGAGUGAGGGAAGAAAACAUGGGUGGUCUCUGUCUUUCCCUUUCCACUCUAGUUUUAAUGAUGGUUACAGCUUCGGAGCUGCUGUUGAAAGGGGAUUCGAAAACGUAUUGGGGAGAUGUAAAAGGUUUGAAACAGCUGAAGAAGGGGCUUGACUCUGGGUCAGUGACCCCUGGAUCUUGUUUGAGUUCAUGGGAUUUCUCCGUCGACCCAUGUGAUCACAUCUUCUCCGAUCGCUUCACCUGUGGUUUCCGAUGUGACCUCGUCGUUUCCGGCAUCAGCCGGGUCACCGAGGUCAGCCUCGACCAAGCUGGUUACACUGGUUCACUCUCCUCCUCCGCCUGCAACUACCUCCCUUACUUGGAAUCCCUCAACCUCGCUGAUAAUUCCUUGGCCGGAUCAAUCCCCACCUCCAUCUCCAACCUCACGCGUCUCCGCCGUCUCGCUCUCUCGGAAAACUCUUUCGCCGGUGAGAUACCCACCUCGAUUGGCUCUCUCUUUGCCCUGGAGGAGCUCUACCUCGACCACAACCAACUUCUGGGCCCAAUUCCGGCGAGCUUCAAGGGUCUGGCUAGCCUCAAAAGACUAGAGCUUCAGGGGAACAAACUCUCUGGCGAGUUACCUGACCUGGGUUCCCUCAAGAACCUCACUUUCUUGGAUGCCAGCGACAAUGCAAUCUCCGGUAGAGUUCCGGUGGGUUUGCCUGGUUCCCUGGUUGAGAUCUCCAUGAGGAAUAACAGUCUGGAAGGAAAUCUCCCGGAGAAAAUCAGCGAUUCAGGGUUUCUGCAGGUAAUGGAUCUGAGCCAUAACCAAUUAUCGGGUGCUGUUCCAUCAAUUGUGUUCCAACACCCGUCUCUGCAACAGCUCACUCUGUCCCACAAUCAGCUGUCAUCGAUACAGGUGCCCAGCGACAUGGGUGCCAGGAGCGAACUUGUAGUCCUGGAUCUGAGUUACAACCAGCUUCAGGGGUUGUUGGCGGCAUUCAUGGCGAUGAUGCCAAAGCUGUCGGCUCUGUCGUUGGAGAAGAACAAGUUCACAGGAAUGAUACCGUCGCAGUACGCACUGAAAGCGGGGGUUCCGAGUGAGGGGACAUCACCAUUUGCAAGGUUGUUGCUUGGGGGAAACUACUUGUUUGGUCCGAUUCCAGGGCCAUUAAUGACGAUGAAACCGGGUAAUGCGAAUGUAAGCCUAGUGGAUAACUGCUUGUAUAGGUGCCCGGAGACCUUCUUCUUCUGUCAAGGUGGGUUGCAGAAAUCGUCAAUGGCAUGUAAAAGCUUUGGGCCUGUAAUCCCUUGAAACUUGAAGACGGAAAUGACUGUUGAGAGAAU